AUGGCACAAAGUCAGCAAGACAAUAUCAAAGCUAAGACUGUUGUAGAGGAAAGUGUGGAAGGUCCAACUGAAAACCCAAGUACUGUUGUUCAACAUGCUAAAAAUAAUAAUGAGAGACAAGAUGCUGAAGAAGUAGCGCCACCAACGAAGAGGAAAAGGCGGCUAACAUCUGAUAUUUGGAAUCAUUUUACAAGGUUGCCAUUAACCCAAACCAAAGGGAAACAUAGGGCGAAGUGUAAUUAUUGUGGCAUAGAUUAUGCAAGUCAUCCAACUAAAACUGGGACAAAACAGUUGUGGCGGCAUUUUGAAAAGUGUCCUAAGAAUCCAAACAAAGCAAGCAAGUCACAAACCAUGUUGACUGCUAUGUCUUCUCAAUCAUCUCAAUCGUAUCGCUUGUUCAACCAAGAAAGAUGUAGAAAGGCUCUUGCAAGGUUCAUCAUAAAGGAUGAAUUGCCUUUUCGAGUUUUGGAAGGGGAGGGUCUAAAAGAACUUUUGCAAGAGUUUGAACCUAGGUUUCAGAUACCUUCACGAUGGACAAUUGCUAGGGAUUGCUACCAAUUGUAUUUGGAGGAAGCAAAACGUUUGAAGAGAUAUUUCAAGCGAUCUAAAUGCCGUGUGUCCCUUACCACUGAUUGUUGGACUUCAAUACAAAACUCCAACUAUAUGUGUUUGACUGCACAUUGGAUUGAUGAGAAUUGGACUUUACAGAAAAGGAUUUUAAAUUUCUGUGUCAUUGAAAAUCACAAAGGGGAUACAAUUGGCAAGCAAAUUGAGGAUUGUUUAUUCAGCUGGGGCAUUGAAAAAGUCUUCACAAUUACAGUUGACAAUGCUUCUUCUAAUGACACUGCAAUUGCCUAUUUGAAGAAACGGUUGAAGAGUUGGAAUGGUCUAAUAUGUGAUGGAGAGUUUUUGCAAAUGCGGUGUGCAGCUCAUAUUUUGAAUCUGAUUGUUGGUGAAGGUCUAAAGGAAAUGAAUAAGUCUAUUGAACUUAUUCGGCAUGCAAUUAAAUUUGUUAGAUCUUCUCCAGCUAGGCUACAGAGGUUCAAGGAGCUUGUUGAAAAGGAAAAAAUUGAUUCGAAGAGUUUGCUGACUUUGGAUUGCCCCACGAGGUGGAAUUCAACUUAUCUGAUGUUGGAAAAUGCUGUCAAGUUCAUCAAAGUCUUUGAUAGGAUGGAAGAAGAAGAUCAAGAUUACAAGGAUUACUUUAAGAAAAAGGUUAAACUGUUUACAAACCAACAGGGUGUUGUCUUAAGUUAUGAUGAUGAUGAUGAUGAUGCUGAUGUCAUUGACACAACAUUAGGAAGGGCCACAGCUGAACCACCUACUGCAUAUGAUUGGAGUGUGGCUAAAGAGUUUCUUGUGUUUUUGAGGUUGUUCUACACUAAGACCCUCAAAUUUUCUGGAUCAAAUUUUGUAACAACAAGUACAUGCUUUCAGCAUAUAGUUGCAAUUCAGACUCACCUUCAUCGAAGUGCAGCUAGUGAGUACUCUCUCUUGAGUGACAUGGCAAGGAGAAUGCAGACAAAGUAUGAUAAGUACUGGGGAAAAGCAGAAAAAAUGAAUCCGUUGUUGAUCAUAGCAGUGAUCCUUGAUCCUAGAUUCAAGAUGACAUAUAUCAAGAUUGCUUUUGAAGACAUUUUUCCUGAACCUACAAAGCGAGAAGCCAUGUUGAAAAAGACUAUGGAUGUCUUGUAUCGAUUGUAUGAUCACUAUUUUGCUAGUGUUGCUGAGCUUGAUCAUGGUGAAGCAUCUAAAUCUCAAUCAACAGCGGAUCAACAGCAAGUCCAUGAUAGUGUUGGAACUGGGGAUGAUGACAUUGACAUGUUAUUUCAUGAUGAUACUGAUUCUACAUUUCAAAAGUUCCUAGCCACUGCAGACACCGUUGUUAAUGCAGAGAAAAUUUCUGAAGUAGAUGAAUACCUUCAAGCUGAUUUAGGUGGUUUUCGUGAUCCAAAAUUUGAUGUCUUGGCAUGGUGGAAAGUGAAUGCUCCCAAGUAUAGAGUUUUGAGUGUAAUGGCACGUGACUUGUUGGCUGCACCGGUCUCUACAGUAUCUUCUGAAUCAGUUUUCAGUACUGGGGGUCGAAUACUGGAUAAUUUCAGGAGCUCUUUAUCUGCAAAGAUGGUUGAGGCACUCAUAUGUGCUCAAAAUUGGCUAUGCAGUAGUACUCCAAGACUCAAUGACCUUGAACUAGAUAAUUUUAUUGAGAGUGCAAAUGUCGUUACUGAGCAAGAGUCAUUGGUUCCAAGUACAGCCACUUCCUCAAGUAGCUCUGAAGGAGAAGCUCAUGAUUAUGGUGGUGAUGAUGAUGAUGAGUGA